GUCAGACUUCGUCGUGACUUGCCAUAGUAAUUUCUCCAUCCCAAUGGGUGCUGUCUGAUUUAUCCUAUAACAGUACUGCCAGGACCACGUGGAACCCAGAGGUGUGAGCACUUUCUUCUACCGGGCUGUCGAACAACUCCAAAGUGCUGACAGAAGGCUAAACGGUAGCAAGAGGCAAUUACCUGCACAAGUUAAUGUGAUUAGAGUAGCCAAAGUUGUGGCAGGCGUCGUGCUCCUGCGUCAGACUUUACGCACCAUGCGCCCUGUGUGACUGGAGGCUCUGUGAUUUGGCAUCUCUGUGCGCGCAGAGAUGUUGCAUCCGGAGACAGUGCCUGAAUGAAGAUAACCCACGCUCACUGUGGAUUCGUACUGUCACAUUGAAUCGGACGUGAGCCAUCGUUCCGCACACUACACACGGUAAGAAUUAAAUAUUUUCAAACAUUUUCACCCAGAUAUACCGUGUGAUUGAUAUGCAUAGACGAGUAGAAAGUCUUGUCGUAAAUCGUCCUCAUAACCAGCGAUCACUUGACCUUAUGCUAUCCGUUAUAAUUGCUUCAAAAACGGAGUCUCUGCUUUCACUUUCAUCACCUGAUGGAUGGAGAUUUCGCCGCAGCGUUGACGGCAAGCGACGCUCGUUAAUCCUCUGCGUUUGACGACGCCGCGCCAUGUGAGUCCACAUUUGGCUCGAUUUAGACCAAAUCUGCAGGGCUGCUGAUCACCUGCUGACUUGUAUUGGUUUUGUCUGCAUCUCCGCCUUUUUACAGCCGAGUCUAAUUACAGGAUUCAUUUGACCUUGACAAGGCGUCAGAGGUUAUUUGUAGGCAGAGAAUGAGCCUCAAGCUCUGGUUGGUGGGCCUGUGUGUGUGUGUGUUUGUGUGUGUGUGAGUGAUCCUCGAACACGGACGUGCAGGUGCUCUAAUGUACCUGUCACCAUCACUGAGGCUCACUAUCAUUCCUACUGGGAUCCACUGGCAUCUGCACAAACCUUGUGUUUGACAGUGACACCACCCUCUAUUUACAAAACCUUUAAGAGAAAAAUGGAUGUGAUGUUUCCCUGAGUGACAAUGAAAUAGAUGCCACUGUCCCAUCACCUCCAGCUUUUGCAAUAAUCUGUCACCCCUCUCCACCCUGCUUAUUUGCAGCUAAGCCUCUGGAGAGAUCCUCUAUCCAUUUGAGAUCCUGAGAGAAGAGAUAGGCGACCAUUGAAGCUACAGGGAUGGGAUUUCAAUUUUGCAGGAAGAGCUAUUGCUUAGCAACCAGACAGGAUAAAAGGAGAACCUGUGCUGUUACAUCAUCAACUCUCAGCUGUCUGUGAAGAGUUGGGAAUACAUAGUUCCAGGAGGAAGAGGAAAAACACACAGCUUGUGCACAUGUUGGUCUUAGCGGUUAUUCCUUUUAAAGCAGAAGACUCUGCUGAACUUUUUCUCUGCACCUUUGACUUCACCUCACUCUCUAUGUUCCCCUCCCACUGCAGACUGAAUUCUGAGUCAUAAUGUGUAGCAGUGUCUUGAACUGUAUGUGAAGUCCUGCUGUCUCUGUUACAUGCCAUCUGUGUCAGCACAUAAUGUGAAACCCACUAAAUUUCUGGUGUUUUCUUCAUCCACACUGAGUGUUUUCACUGCACAUUAUUAGAAAACCAGGAGGGAAACGGAAAAAAAUCAGCCCCUUGUGUUAAACAGAUAUUACACUCUGACCUAUAAGUAGAAACUGGGACAGUUUGUUCUCAAUUACACAUAAGUUUUUCUAUUUGUGUUUUGAAGAAAUAGGGCAGAGCACAGUGUGAACUCAACUUCUACUCAUCUCCAAAUAUUUUAAACUUGGCCACUCAACCAAAAAUAAAGGACCGGUGUAGUUUGCAAACAUGCUCAUCAUGACUUCACACUUUAUUCUGAUGUUGUUCGAUGAUGACUCAGUAUUGUGAGGUCGUAGACUGCUGUGGAAAAGGUCACAGACGCUCACAGGACUGUGCAAAGCUCCUCUGUGAGCCUCGGCGUGUCGUGACUGCAGGGGCUUAUUGCCACCGUUGAGGAAUGUGAUGUGCGUGCUACUGGUACGGCCUCUGGGUGGGUUUAGAGUCCUGUCUGCUGGCAGCUGUUCUGGAGGAGUCACUGUGAAUAAAACCCCUGCUCUGAUUUUGGUCAGCUGCAUCUGUUUUCAGAUUAAAGGCCUUGUCUUCGGAUCAAAAACCUCUGACUUCAAUUCUCCCCUAUUGAGCUGCUGCAAUAAAGAGCUAGUUCCCAUCAAAUCCAGCCAGCUCAACUGACAAUCUGUAUUUGGAGUCUGCUUUUUAUCAUGUUCUGCCCCUAUAGCUGUCUCUGCAGCAAUUCAAGGUUGUCUGCAUCGUUUAUUUGUCGCUUGACCUUCAGUUAAUUAGUUUUUGUAGCCUGUGGUAAAGUGCUCACUCCUGAUCCUGCAUGAUUUUGUUGUCAUUUUUAAACAUAGUUCUUUGAGGGCGAAGUGGCAAAGUGUUACGAAGUGUUUCAUAUUUGCAGCUAAUAUUUUCUUAAUGACUUGUAAGAUCUGCAGUUUUUCCUGUUUAUAACGGAGAAGCUGAGGAACUUCAAACACAAACACCAUGUAGUGCAAGUGAUUAUUUUUGCAUAAAGGAACAUCUACAGAGAGAAACCUUGGACUGUUUCAUAUUCCAUACCAUGUUUCCUCGAAGGAUGAGCCACACAUAGAGGUGAAGGAUUAUUCGUGGAUUUUUGUAGAAGUCGUGAAGUCCCAACACUUGCCACAUAAAUCCAGGACUAAUUUAUUAGACAGAUUUUCUGUGUAAUUGUUAAUGCAGAGGGAGUGGACUACUGGACUCUAAUACUCUGAAAUCUGUAAGCAAUGCUGCAGAAAAGAUGUUGAAGCUGCAUGAUGGGAAAAAUACAGACACUAGAAACCUGAAGGCUUCAGUUCGUGUCAUCCUCCCAGCAGUAACACAGACAAGCUGCCGUUCAUGAUACUCACAUGACUCAAAGUAUAAUGGCUCUGCUGUGAAAUGGAUUGUAAUUCAAUCUGUGGUUCUUGUUAUCCAUAAUGAAGUGGAUUACUGAAAUACCUCACUUAUGGCUCUAAAGUACUGCAAUUUUACUACCAUUUUAAAAUACUGGAUGUACAAAACAGUAAACAGGAAACUGUGGAAGAAUUAAGUCAGUGCAGUUUCUGAAUGAUUUGGCUGAUUUUAAACAAAUGAUUAUGUCUAUAAAUCAAGUGAUGAAUAUUAUCAGAAAUAAGUAAUAAUGCAGUAAUGCAGUUUUUCAAAGCCAGUAAGGAUGCAAGCAAAUAUCAAGUUAUCCUAAAGAGUAUGAAGAGGAAUAAGGUUAUUUUCAAAACAUCUGAACAUGCAGAGAAUAUGUUCUUUAAAGAGUCUGGAGGCAGGGAAUUAUGCUGCGUUCCAGUUACCUCAGAAGUCGGAUGUCAGAGCUGGGAAUGACACUACUCCUGAGUUGACGGUGUUCCAAUAAACAAGUCGGAAAACCAAGAUGGACACCUACAGUUAGCCAUUGAUAGCUGUUGUUUACAAUUGUCAGCUGUUGUUCACCGUUGUCAGCUGUUCUUAGUUGUUGUUCGUGACACCAGUUGUAAACGAUGUAUAACACAGUAUUUUACUCUUACAAACACCAUAGCACCGUGUUCACAGUUAGACGUUGGGCAGUACAACAUAUACCACUUAUUUAAUUUCACAAAAACAAAACAGAAGUGCUAAUAAAUAAUACAUUACGAGAGCUUUUACUGUUACUCUUUACUGUUGAUGCACUGCGCUGCCAUCUUGGAUUAUGACGUUGUCGUCAAGUCGGGUUGGUGAGGAUCGUCCAACUUUCCGAGUCAGAAAUCCGACUUCAGCGGGGCGUUUCAAAUAUAUUUCCUACUCGGAGCUCAGAAAUUCUGACUUCCAAGUACAACUGGAAUGCAGCAUUACUUUGCAUAUUUUUGUAUAUCUAUGGCCUGUUUGUAGGUUCCCAUUAUACAGAGACAAUAGUUCUCUAACAUCGAUGCAUGUCUACCAACCAACACUCCUCAGCUGUCAUGUCUAUAAAGUCAAAAAAAGCCCCAAGAUAAAAGAUCUUACAAUAGUUGUUGUGUUGAUGUUUUCUUAUCUUUCUUUCUUCUUGGUUUCUUAUCAAUGAAAGUCAGUUUGGAGGGGAAAAACAAAUGAUCAUGUUUUCCUGUCUGUCUCCAACUCUCUCUUUACAGAUUUCAGACAGAAGCACAACUUUUCUCCCCUGAUACUUCCCUUGCUUCCUGUAAGUCACCUCGCCUGCUCCUGUCUUCACCCUGAAGGAGCUUCGGUGUUGCAGCCAUGCCAAAGAACACCAAGGUGACCCAGAAGGAGCACAGCAAUGAGGCGGUCACUGAGUCUGUGGCUGACCUGCUGUCCCUGGAGCACCCUAUGGACUAUAAGAGCAGUCAGAUCAGCAUGGGUCUGAGCCCCGGCUCCACAGCUCCAGGGAAGGCUCUGCUGCCCUCCCCUGACCCAGAUGCCGAGGAUGGCAGACCAGCUUGGAACAACAAGUUGGAGUAUAUUCUGGCCCAGGUGGGCUUCUCUGUGGGCCUGGGUAAUGUGUGGAGGUUCCCCUACCUGUGCCAGAAGAACGGUGGAGGUAGGUAGAUGCCUACCUGAACCUUAUUUUGGUCUACUUUUAAAGCUCACUGUCUGUGUGACUCAAAAAAGCUGAAAUAUAGCAUAGUAACACUUUCUGUGUUUGGAAGUAACCUCUUCAUCAGGUCGCCCUUUGUUAACUUUGGUCGCCACAGGGUGCUGACUGUGUAAUUGUUAACAAGAAUGAUGGAGCUGAGUCAGUGCUGUAAAUGUGAAUUCCUUUUUAUUAUUUCAGUUAAGUGCUCAUUAAAAUCAGCCCUCAGAUGGGAAAGGUUAACAUAAUAGCAUGUAACUAUUUGGAUCUUUUUUUAAUUCCUUUUAUGUGAGAAUGGCUUUUGUAUUUUCCUGUCUGCUGUUGUAUCCAGGUUCCUUAAACUCCUCGCUGAGACAUGAUUUGAUUGAGGAAGCCCAUUGGAGCCUGUGAUUGGCAGCAAAUUUAAUGCUGUGAAGCUCUAUCACAUAAAACCAUCAUUCAUGCCACAUUACUCAAAGUAAUACAGUUUUACUGUAGCAAAUUUGACAACUUUAGUUGUUCUACAAUCUCUGUCCAGUUGAAGCACAGACAGAACUUUGUUAAUUUAACCCUAUCCUGUAAAUACCUGAGUUCAUUAAUGAAGGAGUUUGCAAUCAGAAAUUUAUGACUAAAACUGUUCACAUAGUAACAGUUUAUUGCUCAGGUGAAAGCUAGCAGCUGUCAGUUAGCUUAGCGACGGACUACGGUAGCAAGUUUUGAAACAGCGUAAAAAGCUCAUCACUGCACCUUUCAACACCAUGGUGAGUGCCUCACCAGUGAAAGGCCAAACCUUCUACGUGACUGUACCCACUGUUUGUGUUUGCUCAGUUUGACAUGGCUUUGUAUGUUUCCUUUUCUACCAUGGGCAACUGGAAAUGGACACAGGCAUUGUGUGCAAAACUCAGCAUAAUUGUUGUCUAGCACUUUUUGAAAGGAGGUUGACUCUUCUGAGCUCUUUGGAAAAUGCUGACUUUUUUUUUAACUUGACAUCCAGCCUACCUGGUAUUACCAGCAGAUCUUGGUAGGCUGGUCUUAGCAGCAGCUGCAUGCAAAGAUUGACUGACACAUGUACAGACAAAUCAGUAUUAAACCUUUUGGUCCAUUAUGGAUAUUUUCUAUAGGUUGAAGCAUGGCAAUGGCAUUGAUUUACUUAAACCAAGACCAAUUGUUGCAUUUUUCAUGUGUGUUUUAACGUGUUAAAACAAGGACAGGACUUGUUCUGAAUCAGGAUAUAUAUAUAUAUGGGGAUUUACAACAUUUGGUUGCUCAAUUUAAAUGAGAGAGGAUGACGUUUUGAUUCCAUUAAAAAUGACAAGUCACAGAGGCAGUCAACAUUUCUCAGGCUUGUGAACUUGUGCCAUCAGCAGAGAUUGUUUUUCCAAACAAAGUGAGGGAACAUUGCGGUGUCUUCUGUACUGAUUUAAAUUUAGUCUGCUUUUGGUUUUCAUGCAGUAUUCUCAGCCUGUAUCUCUUUGGUGUUAUAAUUCACUGGUAUUAUGGAGAGAUUAGAGGGUGGUGAUGACUAAGAUGGAGGACGAGGAAGAGUAAACGCUGAUUUCCUCAGCUACCGACAUUGUUGUCUCUACCUUGUGUGGGAGGUGUGUGCACAGAGGGUAUUUGAGAUGCAUGAUAUAACAAAGCGUUAUCAAAUCAUUGUAAUCAGUGUGUGUCUGCGUUUGUGUGUUUGUGUAGGGUAGUGCGUAUCCCCAGCUGAAUUUGGACUCAGUAGGUGGUGUUACAUUGUCUUGUCUGGACUUGUUGUAGAGAUAAGGACUGACUGUCUAUAGUCCACAUUUGCCAUAACUCUCUCUGUCUUUGUUUACUCAUCAUUGAUCAUUUUAAAUGUUAACCUCUGAAUAUCCAGCACACUUUUGUGUUCUUACGCACAUUUGAGGUGGAAAUGACUUUGGACAUUUAAGACAUAUGGUAAAGCUAAUACGCUUAAACAGGGCUUGUUUGAGCUUCUGUAGCUUCUAUGUCAGGUAUGUGUACACAUGUGUACUCGACACCAAACCCUUCACAUGACCACAAGAAUCCUGGCUGUGUGUUUGAACUCUAACCUGCUUCUCCCCCUCUCUGCUUUAACAUCCUGAGCUCUGAAUGCUCAACAUUAAUCUGGUUCUGCUCAAAGUUUCUGUCUGUUAAAGGGCGUUUUGCCUUGAUACCAUAUGCUGCAUCUCUGCUGGGGGUGUGUCCCUUGAACAUUGGUAUCUGCUGUUACUUGCCUUAUUGGCAGACACCGAUCUAUUGGCAAACUAUGCUCCAUGCUAUCAGUAACUUAUUCCAUGUUAUAUUUAUCCUCUCUGCGUGAAUUAAACACUGAUGAGUUAAAAGACUUCAUUGCUGUUUCAGAUAACGGUUUGUUUUAUGCGGUAGAAGAAGUCGUGUUGGAAAAAAAGUAUUAUUUGCUUACAUGGUUAAAUGCGAAAAAAGACGAGCAAAAUCACUCUGUCUCUGAAAGAUCAGAAACAUGCAGUUUGUUAGACUGAUAUUAUGAGAGGGAGUGAUACCAGCAAUGAUUUUAAACACAAAGAAUUUCUUCAAAGUAAUACGAAACAAACUGGUAGUCCUCAAACUGUUAUUAUGAACGUUGGUGUUGGUAUCAGCUCUGAUUUUCUUACACCUUCAGUCUGGACCUGCUCCUCAUGUAAAAUGCUUUUUAUACCCUUUAGUUUGGAGAGAGGCAGUACAAAGGUUUUACCUUAUGUAUUGUUCAAGUUGCUGCUGCUGCAGUGAUUUCCAUCCUUGGAAUAUAUAUUAAGAGAAUAAUUGGAAAAUCCCUAAGAACCAAAUGUUUUCAGCCUUACAGUCACACUUGGUCACCAUCAGUUCAUAGAUGUUUGCUUUGUUUAUGACAGCCCAUGACCUGCAAAGAGCCGUUUUAUUCUGACAAGUAUUCAGUGUCUUGGACAUGAACACAAAGUACUGCAGUGUAAGCAUCCACAGAUUUGUAAGCCUUGAGUUUUUUCUGUCGUACAGCAGCCUGGUUUCUCAACAAUAGUUAUGCGGAUGUCCGGACAUCGUAACACAGACCAUUUAGUUGGCUCCUUGAACCACAGACCUGGCAGAGAGUAGGGCUCAUGGGUGCUUAGAGUGAGCUUUUCCUUAAGAGGCCUCUUAACAGCCUCUUACAAACAAUUAAAACUAUCUAAGCAGGCGUACAGCUGGUCCGUGGACUGCCAGCCUCUACUCAAUCACUUUCUCCCACCACUUUGGCUACGACCACCAAACACGUCAUUGAUGUCUAUUCAAUAUUCAUAUCUGAAGUUUCGGGCACUUUCUGCACACUGCACAGAGUUUUCAUAUCACAUGAUAACCAAAGAGCUUAAAGAACAUUUAUUUAAUAUUCAAACAGAAUGAAGUGGAUCAAUAAGUUGUUUUCUGCAGUACUCUUGUGGCCACUCUUUUCACUUGAUCUUCAUUAUACUGGGUUACAGAUGAAAUUAAUGCUUUUUUUUUUUUUUUUUUUUUACCACUGGUGCUAAAUUAAAACACAUUUCACUAAAAAUAAUAAGUUUAUCUGUUGUAUAGUUUCAAUAGAGCUGAAUAGAAAAGACAUCAAAGAUCAGUGAGAGCCGUCACUUCCCAGUGUCCAGAUAAUAACACAGCUGUGUGACAUGACACUGUGUGCUUUCUUUGUCUUUUUUAUCUGCUGUUAGCUUUAAUAGCCCCUCAUAAUGCGAUCUGUGUUUUUGAUCCUGUCUCGUGUCAGAGUCAUUUAUUUUGGCUCUGUAAACUCCAGGCUUCUUCUCCUAGCUGCUCAUCAGUAUGUCUAAGUGUGUGUGUGUGUGUGUGUGUGUGUGUGUGUGUGUGUGUGUGUGUGUGUGUGUGUGUGUGUGUGUGUGUGUGGAUGGUUUUGUCACCAUGGUGUCCCUUCAUGUUUUGACGUCAGCCAGGCUGGAAACGAUGAGUUGUCUCUGAGUGUCUGCUGCUCUCUCUUUGUCGAUAGUUUUAUCUGACAAAGGGAUGAAGAGACACGACUAUAAAGAGGAAGGGGUAAAGGAAAACAAAAUUUGAGGGAGUGAAAGGAAAUUGUAAAAUAGAGAGUACAGGAAAUUGACUCCAAAAAUAGAGGCUGACAGAAAAGAUUUCCCUUCAGCUAUUUGAUAGAGGCUUUGUUCUUUUAUAUACACAGGGUUCAAACAAAGCAUAGACACAUGCAACAAGCCAAAGCAGCAGGAUGAUCUUCACUCAAACCAUUAUACUCUUUUCUUUCUGUGUCUAUAUAGGUGCAUACCUUGUGCCCUACUUUAUCCUCCUUAUCAUCAUCGGCAUCCCCUUGUUCUUUCUGGAGCUGGCCGUGGGUCAGAGGAUCAGACGUGGCAGCAUCGGGGUGUGGAACUACGUCUACCCACAGCUGGGGGGCAUCGGCGUCUCCAGUCUGAUGGUAAGUACAAACAUAAACGUAGUAACCAGUUUAGUCUAGAUGAUGGGUGAACUUGUAAUGGAGAGCUCAAUACACAAAGUCACAAAUAUGGGAAAACAAGUAAAAUAGUCCUUGGUUUAAAAUGGAUGUUUCCAUCUGUCUUUGGCCUGAUGCAAAAAUUUCCAUGAUCCCCUUACAGUGGGUAUUGAAGAAGAAGAGUGAAAACAGAAAUCUGAAUCAAAGAGAUCACCAUUUUUUUUCCACAAUAGUUUCUGAUUUCAUCAAAAAUUGACCUCUAAAUGAAAGAGGUAGUAUAAUGCUCACACACAUUUACAACAAAAAAUGCGACACUCUCUCUAACAUGCUUGUGUCAAGGGACAACAGCUAAAACAAAGCUGAAAUAUCAGUGUUUUAAUACACCAGAGUAAGAAACAUGAAGCUUUUUUUAUGUGAACUCAUGUAAAAGAGCUUAAAGAGUCUAAAUAGAAAGGAUAGAGUCUGAAUGAAAAGGCAUUAUACUCCUUAUUUAAGGUGAACAGAUUUAGUACUCGGUAUAAAAUUUGUUCUGAUCAGGAAAUAGUGCUUGUUUUAUUUUCUACUUAAAAACAUCUUUGUCUGAAUAAGUUGCUCUUAAAUGGUUAAAAAAUGAAGCUUAUAUGUACGUAUACUUUUGAUUAAAAACCUCUGGUGCAAGACUAGAUGCAAGUCUAGUGUGUGUGUGUGUGGGGGGGGGGGGGGGUCCUUUAAAUGAAUUUCCUCCAAGUCCUCAUAUGUUGCACAGCAUGUAUCAUAGUCUGCAGAGAUUUAUUACAGACUGUGGUUUCCCCCCAACCAUUUUACUGGAUUCCAAAACGAAUUAACCUCGUUAAGUACAGGCUAUGAAAUUUGUGUAUUUUUUAUUCCCGGUGUUACUCAAGGACAAAUUCCUGAGAGUAAAGAAAAAUGUUUUCCUCUGGUCAUUGUGAAAUUUGUUUGCCCUUCAGUCUGGAUUGAAUUUGAAAGGAAAGCUCUUAGACUUUUUCCACCUGUUUAUGAACAGACUAAUCAACCCUGAUCAUUGAACAAUUGUUUAUCAAAAAAAUGUUGUAACAUUUGAAAUAAAAUUCCACAAGAAACUGUGUAUCACAAUAAAGUAUCACACAAGAAGGGACACAACAACCUGUAUUGUUUUGAGUGCUGACAGACAGAUAUUUCCUUGUAAGUUGUUCUCAGCCUGUGUGCUGUUUGGCAUAAAAAUGACUAAUUGACCAGUAAUUAUUAGUUGAUUAGAAUCAAAAAUCAUUUCUAAUAAAAUGGCCACACUUAACCGAUUUAUGUUGUAAUUUUGUCACCUUGCCAACUCAGAGCUACACAUGUUUGGUGCACAAAUGAUACGCAUGCUGUAGAUUUCAGUCCACUAGUCUCUCUCUGCCAUGUCAUUUUACAUCCUCUUCAUGUUAAACAACAAGCGGCGUGCAAAGACCGCGGCUGAUCACUGUCAUAAUCUGUCCCCAUCAGCUGCAGGAGCAGUGACCCAUCAUAUCCCUAUCCCAUCAGCCUUAAAUACAGUCAGUCAGCGGCAGAUCGCCCAAUCCCUGACUCCCAGCGUCAGUUUUUUUUAUGGUGAUUUCAUCAAUCACUAGGACUUAAGAGGGGGAGAGGUCCGGUACAGGGCAGUGAGGCGUGUGGCAGCCUGGAUGUGGCAGAGAAAGAUCCAGCAGCUAUAAAUACCUCCUCAUAGAGGACCCCAGCCUCCGCUGCUGAGAGCAAAUAGCUCAAUAAUUCAUAUACACACACACACACUGACUUAAGCUGUGUGCUCAGCAGUCGCUCCCUGGCUAAAGGAGGUUUUCACAAGAGCAAACUACAUGUUGUAACUGUGUGUUUGUGUGUUGAGACAGAGCUUGUUGCAAGGAGUGAUGAGUGUUGCUGUUUUUUCUCCUUUCCCCUCAGGUUUGUGGUUUUGUGGGCCUCUACUACAACGUGAUUAUCGGCUGGAGCAUCUUCUAUUUCUUUCAGUCUUUCCAGUAUCCACUGCCUUGGGCUGAGUGCCCCAUCGUGGUAAAUGGGACCCAAGCCAGUGAGUGCAAACACAAUGAUAUUAUUGUACUCCUGAAUACUCCUGAAUUAUAAAAAAGAUUUGAAGUGAAGGACAAGUGCUCGUAGCAUGAAGAAAAACUGCAGAGCCUUGCAAGACAAAUCCAUAUUCAGCAGAGUAUCUCAAAAGCCUGAUGCUCUGCAGGGUGGUGCUUAAAUCUGGAGACCAGUCCCUGGAUGCUCUUAAUCAAAUAGAGCAGCCUUGCUGGCGAGACCGGUCAGAUAUUUUGAGCCUAACAAUGUCAGAAUCUCGCAUGGCUAUCCGCUGGUAGCCUGUGGUGACACAUGCAGGUUCUGGCAUCAGCUUAUAUUAGCAUUCAAGUCCAGGAUGUCGACUGAGGAAACUGAUAAGUAUCCAACAGGACUCUGCUCCAUAGAGUUUCGAAGUUGUAGUGUUGGGGGUUGAUGUUUUGCAAGAGUGGUUUCAUCUUAAUUUGUGUCAUACACAAAGGAGACAUCUAUCUAAUACAAUUUAAGUUUGGGUGAUUUUACGCUUGUAGACUUGAAGAAAGAUGGGCAGAUGUAGGUCAAGAAAGACAAGAGUGUAUACAUCAAGGUAGGAAAGAAGACGGUGGGAACGCAAACAGACUUUUUUUAAUGCUGUAGGAAAAACACUUCAUGAUUCAAAAACCUAUCAGGGCAUCUCUGCGCUCAAUAAUGAAAUGUAGAUUCAUGUAGGCUUGUUAUUAUUUGUUUCAGGACAGUUUACUGACAUAAUUAAAAGUUUUUGCAGAUACGAGGGUCAGUGUCUUAAAAUAUAAAAGUUUAAUACAGCCUUUCAUCAUGGAAAACAGGAUCUGGGUCUGAAAGAAACUGAUUCAGUAGAAAAAAUCGCAGAAGAAAAAAAAAGGCUUUCUGAAUUAAUUAUGGAUACACUUUUCAAAACAGGAUUGCAUAUUUUUGCAUUUUUCCCAGUAUGUAAUUCUGUUUAAAAAUAUGAGCUGUUUUUUGCAUUGGCACAUUAAAGUGCUCAUACAUAAAUAAACAAACUCUCGACUACCUAAACAACACAGAAUUUCUGUAUAUAACAUGAAUACAGCAGUGAUCAUUUUUAAAAGAGCAAUGUGAGAUUUAAGUUUUUCUUUGCUUUGUUAUUUAUACAUCAAACUUAACCCUGAAGAUCCAUCUCUUGUACUUUUGUCAGAUUGUAGAAGUAAGGAAUUAAAUGAUGCUUUUUAAUAUGAUCUGGAUUUUAUUUUCCUACCAGUGUCUUGGACUAUAACCACAGAUGUCCAUGCUUUAAUCUGUGUAUCUUUGGAUUUAGAUGAGCACAUUAUCAAUUUUCCCUUCUUUUUUUCUAGUCGUAGAGCCAGAGUGUGAGAAGAGCUCAGCUACGACUUACUUCUGGUACAGACAGACUCUCAACAUCACCAGCUCCAUCGAUGACACAGGCGGUCUUAACUGGAAGAUGACCCUGUCCCUGCUAGUGGCCUGGAUCCUGGUGUGUUUGGCCGUCAUCAAGGGCAUCCAGUCCUCUGGGAAGGUAUGGCUUCACUGCAGGGGCUAAGAAUAUGAGCUAUAGAGAUAAGCCCACCAAAGACCAGCGUGCACCACUUCUGUGGAGAGAUUUACAGAGUGAAUUGUUUUUACCAGAGCUUUAUUAAUCGAUUAUUCAUCCAUUUCUGAGAGUGUUUGAUUCACUCUGCUAAUGCCAAAGCUAAGAUGCUAAAGCCUGUCAUCAGCAUCAGUCUAUUUUUGGAUCUCAUCUAUAUUAUGGAGGAGACACAUGCAACAUUAAUAAGCUUAAAUUGUAAAAAGCAAAGAGUGGUUUGGGAUGAAAAUGGAAAUUGCUUUGUUUGGCAACAACUGCAACAACAUCCCAUUAUCUGCAUCCAGAGAGUGAGUCAUAUAGCACAGCGUAACAUCCAGCCCACACUCCUGAUAGGAACACGCACUGAUCGCCAAGGUCUGACACAGUUUUUCAACACUGAACUCAGUAAUUCAGUUAUUAUUCACAGAGCUGAAAUAAAACCCUGAAAAAAAACUCUCUUCAGGAUAUUUUUGCUCUUUGGAUCAAGUCCGGAGGAGUUCUCUCCCCAUUUGGUCAGAUUUCACAAGUUCAGAGCCAAAAAACACAAAGCAGUGCUGGGAUUGAUUCAUUAUCUGUGUGUGUGUGUGUGUGUGUGUGUGUGUGUGUGUGUGUGUGUGUGUGUGUGUGUGUGCGUGCGUGUGUGUGUGCGUGCGUGCGUGCGUGCGUGUGUGUGUGUGUGUGUACUCCAUGUGAGGCCUCAGACAAGUGUCUCCAUGGCAACCCUGUUUAAAGUACUUGACUUUCUCUCCCUCUCUCCCUCCAAGGUGAUGUACUUCAGCUCUCUUUUCCCAUACGUGGUGCUCUUCUGUUUUCUGGUGCGAGGUCUUCUGCUGAAGGGAGCCGUGGAUGGUAUAGCUCACAUGUUCACCCCAAAGGUGAGAGAAAAGAGGAGAUGCUGACUAAAACAACACAUGAAACAAAAUUACACACAGUUGCCUGAACUGGAUUGAUGAAAGUGGUUAUGAUAAGAAUUAUAAUAUGUAGCUUGUGUUCGCCAGGAUUCAUGUGUGAUGCUCUCGGUGUCAAAAGUAUGUUUAUCUAGUCCUCCUUUGGUCCUGAUCUGACAGCUACAGAGGUAUAGGUGACAUUUUGCAGGCUGUCUUGCUUUGAGCGGUUGACGUUCUUCGCUGUUUUACCACCAAGGCCAUGUAGAUUCUCUCAUAUCAAAAUGGCAUUAAAAAAUAGGAGCACUGUCAUGUAUUGGGUUAAUGUUUCCCUCUACUGGUUAGUAUAUAUCAUUACAUUUGACAAUGCAGCAUGAAAUUGCAGCAUCUUAUUGAGGGCAAGGUAUCCACAUGAUACACCAGUUGACUGAGGCCUUAAAGCUCAAACAGGUAAAGUUAAAAAGCAAUUGAAAUAAUAAAUAAAUAACAAGAUUAAGGGAACAGAGUAGAUAACUGCCAGUAAAUGUUAAGAGUUUUGUUUUAAAAAGCACAUUGAAGGAGAAAAGAGCAAUGACAAAGAGAACAAUGAGAAUGAGAAACAAACUAUUAGAAACAUAGUAGGAAAUGGGAUAAGAUGAAAAGUUUGAAAAAAAAGAGAGAGAUAUCACAUAAAAGCCAAUCUAUGAAACAGUUUUUUUAAAGAUGUGACUGAUUCUGUGAGCCUCAUCCCCUCAGGCAGGUUGGUUCAAAGUCGAGGGGCCCUGAUGGAAAAGGUCACCCAUAGUUUUGGAUCUCGACUUUGGACCAGCCAGGACGGUCCUACCUGAGGAUCCAAGGCCAUGGGCUGGCUCAUAGGGGGUCAACAUUUCAGAUAUGUAGUUUGGAGCAAAGCCUAUACAGGCCUUAAAAGUAUUCAGUAAAAUUUUAAAAUCAAUUCUAACAUUUAUAAGGAGGCAAUGUAGAGAGGCUUAAGUGGAAGCAGCUGCUGCAUUUUGGAUCAGUUUAAAAAUAGAUAGAGGUUUAUGUCUGCCACUGGACAGAAGAGAGUCACAGAAAUGAAGCGUGGAGGAGAUGAGCACAUAAAUGACUCUGAGAUCCGGUUAAGAGAGCAUUGAUUUAAUUUCAGAGAUGGUGUGUUAAUGAUUGCAGUGUGAUUAUGUGACUAUUCUUAUCUGGUUUUGAAUAUAUGUGGUUUUCUUAUAUGAAAGUUUUGGCAUGGAGUAUUACUUGUGCUUUCCUAAAUCAUCCCCAAGAGACUAAUAAAGGACUAGAGCCUUGCUGGUGUUUUACCUUUAAGUAAUAUUAAAAUAGUUAUUGCUUUAAAUUUUGUUUUGGCACAAGUUUUCUUAUCUGCUCCAGUGUCAUCUUUUUUACAGACAUAAAUGAUAUCAUAGAAAAGCUAGUUUGGAUGACAGCAUCAGUGUCAGGUUAGGUUAUUUUUAAGAGGAUGAAUUACAUUUCAAGUUAAUCUGACACUAAUCUCUGAAAUGUCACCCUCUCUUCUCUCCAGCUGGAAAAGAUGUUGGAGCCGCAGGUGUGGAGAGAAGCAGCCACGCAGGUCUUCUUUGCUCUCGGUCUGGGCUUCGGAGGCGUCAUCGCUUUCUCCAGCUACAACAAGCGAGACAACAACUGCCACUUUGAUGCUACGCUCGUCUCCGUCAUUAACUUUGUCACCUCCAUCCUGGCCACUUUAGUUGUGUUUGCUGUCCUGGGGUUCAAGGCCAAUGUCAUGAAUGAGAAGUGUGUUGUCGAGUGAGUACGUCCUAAGAAAUAAACUGAUCCGCCUUUCUUUAGCAGCUCUUUUUAUUCUUAACUGGGUUGUGUAUGCCCUGUUUCCUCUUUCAAUUUCUCACAUGUAGCAAUGCAGAGAAGAUCCUGGGCUACCUGAACACAGGUGUGCUGAGCAAAGAACUCAUCCCUCCUCACAUCAACUUUUCCCACCUGUCUGCUCAGGACUACGCAGAGAUGUAUGGAGUUAUUAAGACAGUGAAAGAGGAAAACUUUGGACAGCUGGGCCUGGAUGCCUGCGUGCUGGAGGAUGAACUCAAUAAGGUCAGAAGCUGAAAGAGAGAUUUAUCACAGAGUGCUAAUGAAUAAUAACCAAAGUACUAGAUGAUUUUAUGGUUAAUCUACACUACAGGCCAAAAGUUUGGAAGCAAGGCCAUUACAGGCCGAAUAGUUGGGAGUAACUUCAAGUUUUUGUUCACAAUGCUUUAUUUACAAUCCAGCAUGAGUUUUAUGUAUUUUGGGAUGUAUUUACUCCAUGAUCAGAUGUUGCUUUCAUGGAAAUGCACCAUUUGACUCCAUUUACCUUUAGAUAUACAUUGAUGUUAACAGACCAUUGUUAAAUAUAUGUCAGUAAAAGAUAAUAAGGGCUUAGUUUUAGGGUUGAAAACAUUUGCAAGAGUCACAACUUCAGUGCAAAAGCAAAAAAACAAAUCACAGUUGGAUUUUUCACUUCAACUUUUUGGCUUUUGAGAGUCUGCAUGCAGAAAUCCUAAUAAAUCUCAACUGCGUUCAAACUACCGCGAAAAUGGCUAGAAAGAAGCAACUGAGUAAAGAAACAAAAGUACAGAUUUGUACAUUGUGGAAAGAAGGAUACACAGAAAGAGAAGAUAGAAAAAGACCUGGAAGAAAGAGAGUUACUACAAAAGCAGAGGAUGAACAUAGCAUUGUCACCAGUAAGAGAGAUCGGCAAAAGACAGCACCACAAAUAAGGGAGGAAGUCAAUGUGACAAGGUCGAAACCCAUAUCUCUGACAACCGUGAAAUUACGUUUGAGAAAGGCUGGUCUGAAGGGUUGUGUAUUUGUAAAAAAAAAAAAAAAAAAACACUACUUCAUCCACAGAACAAGAAAAAGAGAUAUGAGUGGGCAAAAGCUUACAAAAAUUGGACUUAUGAUGACUAGAAACAAGUUUGCACUGUUUGGUUCAAAACGCAGAGUCUAUGUCCGCAGACAAACUGAUGAACGUCUGAAAGCACCAUGUGUUACACCCACAAUUCAGCAUGGAGGUGGUAGUUCCAUGGUAUGGGGAUGUUUUGCAGGUGAUGGAGUAGGAGGUUUGUUUGAAGUAAAGGGUAUCCUGAAGAAAGAACAGUACCACUCCAUCCUCCAGCACCAUGCUGUUCCAUCUGGACUCAGACCUGUGGCUCAUAAGUUUGUUUUGCAGCAAGACAGUGACCCUAAGCACUCUGCCGAGCUCUGUCAGGGUUACCUAGACAAAAAAGAAGAGGAAGGUGUUCUUCAAAAGAUGGUUUGGCCCCCUCAGUCUCCAGACCUUUCUCCAACUGAGCUUGUGCGGGAUGAAUUGGAUCAAUCGGUCCGAAAAACACGCCCCACGAAUCUGCAGUCUCUUCUUAAUAAACUUAAGAAAGCUUGGAAUGCAAUCCCUGGAACAUACCUUAAAAAACUUGUGGAACGAAUGCCUGGUAUAUGCCAAGCUGUUGUUAAAGCCAGAGGAGGUUACUUUAAAGAAAGCAAAGUCUAAGCAACAAUAACUCAAAUACCUCAUAAUUAUAGUCAAAAUGUCUUCUGAUAAGUUACUCUUUACACAAUAGUCAUGUUUAUUGUGUUGCAAAUUAUAUAUAUAUGGAACUAUGAUUUUUUUUGUACAAUUCUGAUCUUGCUUCCAAACUUUUGGCCUGUAGUGUAGAUUUCGUCCUUAACCCUCCAUCCUCCUGUCUUUGUCCCCUAGGCGGUUCAGGGCACUGGACUGGCCUUUAUCGCCUUCACAGAGGCCAUGACACAUUUCCCAGCCAGCCCCUUUUGGUCCGUCAUGUUCUUCUUCAUGCUCAUCAACUUGGGUUUGGGAAGUAUGAUUGGAACAAUGACCGGCAUCACCACACCCAUACUUGAUGCUUUCAAGAUCCGCAAAGAGAUCUUGUGCGGUGAGCUUCAGUGAUUCAGUUCUGGGUAUCAAGCUCAGUUUCUUGUGCUUGAUUCGGUUUGAGUGUUUGAUAUUCUCAUUACAUGGUGUUUCUUUGUCUUUUUCUCAGUGGCCUGCUGCAUCAUUGCCUUCUUGUUAGGCUUGCUGUUUGUGCAGCGUUCAGGAAACUACUUCGUCACCAUGUUUGACGAUUACUCCGCUGGUUUACCUCUGACUGUGGUGGUUAUUCUGGAGAACAUAUCUGUGGCCUGGAUCUACGGCACCAAGAGGUAAGUAAAGGACAAAGAUCCAAGCAACUUUUGAAGAUAGCUUUCCUUUAUUGAGGUAGAAGAAGUUAAGAUUCUUAAAUAGCUUUGCCUAAAAUUUGGUGUUUCCAUUGGAUUAAAUUAUGGUGAUUCAGGUAUUUUUUUAUUGUUUUUUUUAUUUUUAUUGUUUUAUUUACAAAUCCAUCAAACACUUAACAUGAAACUAAUGGCAUUUCCAUUGGCCUUCGCUUAACUUGUGCACAGUAUUUAGUGCUGAUGAACAAGCGCAAGCACUGGGUGCCAAUUUAAUGUUAAUCAUUGAAAGCCUUUAUUUUUUGCAAAUAGUGCAAAGACAACACAUCAAAUGUUGAAACAGAAAAGUUUUACUGUUAUAGGCCUAUUUUCUAUUUGAUGACAGCAGCAUGUUUCAAAACUGUCAAGACCUGUUGCCUCCCCUCUGCUUUAAACAAUGCUUUGUAAAUAUCUAGAAACUGAGGUGACAAGUUGGGACUACAGGCAGGCGUAUACCAUUCACAAAAUUAUGGGAUUUUUCCCAUAAAUGCUGAAUGACCUCUGCACCGAUUAAAAGCUGUGAGGUCUCUCUUCUCUCUCGAGCAUAGGAUUCCCAAAAGUUGUAGGAUCUUCUUCAUGUAUAGUUUCCUUUUUACAUGUGUUACACCCCUGGCUCAGGGGGAAGCAACAUUAAGGAGUUAAGACCAGUAAAGCAAAAUAAUAAUGUUUAUUGAUAACAAAGGAUCUUGUCAAACAGAUAUAAAGGUGUCAGGCUGUGCUGCAUGUCCUUUCUGCAGGUAGAGAGAGAGUGGGAGGAGCUUCAGGUGAGCCUUUUACACUCCAGCCACAGGUGGCAGGUAUCAGCAGCAAAUGAGGGAGUCAAGGGUAACCUCAGAGAGAAAAAAAAUUAUAAUUUUGCCCAUAACACAUGGUGUAGUUUUAACCCAACCUUGUCUCCUCUGUACAAAGAGUUCUCCAGUUUCAGAUGAAUAGGCUUUACAUGAUUAGCAAACCAUAAAACUCUGUUUUUGUCACUAUAUUACACUGAGUCUCAGUCUCAAUAGACACUGUGUAAGUGAUGGAAAUGUCAACUCACUAGAGAAUCCAUUAAGCACAACAAAAGCUGAUGCCAUACAAACUGAUAAGCACACCCUGAGUGUAUACUCUGAAUGUUUAGACACAAGACUGAGUAUUAACAAUAGUCAAUAAAGUUAACCUUGAAUCUCAACACUGAUAGAAGUUUGAGAUUUUUCAUACAUGUUCUUAAAAUGGAUUAAAUUUUUCACUUUCUAUUUCAGUGUUUAAAUAUUAAUCUGAUUCAAUGAUGUUGUUAAAAGAGCUAUUUUUAAUAAAGUCAGAUUAAUAUGCACUGGUUCCAAAGUCUAAAAUAAUACCUAACCAAAUAUUGGUGCAUGUUUUGGUAGUUAGUACCUCUUUUGGUAAGAAACAGCAAACAGACAUCAUAAAUCUGGUGUCCUUACUUCAAAACCAGACUCACGAAGACAAGCUUCUCUUCAGUCUUUCAUCAAUCACUUCUUUAUUCCACUUCUCGUCUGCUCAAAUCAACCAUGCUUUUUUUUUCUCAUCUUCUGCUCAAAGCGUUAAACAAAAGGUGACUUUGCAUUUACGGUCUGUGCCCCCUCCCUGUUAAAAAAUAAUAUAUACAAAUAUUGGACUUAGAUACCGUUGGUAGCUGAUGGACAUUUUUGUUAUUCACACAGCCUGAGGUAAGACCUGAAUGAUGUAGCUUUCCUUCUCUCCCUCUCUCUCACACACAGGUUCAUGCAGGACCUUGAGGACAUGCUUGGUUUCAGGCCGUAUGCCUUCUAUUACUACAUGUGGAGGUUUGUGUCUCCUGCUGUCCUCGUGGUGCUCAUCGUUGCCACCGUCAUUGAAAUGGCUGUCAGUCCUGCAGGAUACAAUGCCUGGGUGGAGGCUGAGGUCAGUCCUUUUCCAUCUCAUUAGUUAAAAAGGGAGGCAGUCACAAGUUUUAUUAUUCCAUCUCUCUUCUUUUUUUGUAAACCUUCAUUUCUCUUAACCAGGGUGCAGAAAAAUUUCACAGCUAUCCUCCCUGGGCGUUAGCCAUGGCCUACGCCCUCAUUGUGACAGCCAUGCUGCCUUUACCCCUCGUCUUCAUUGUACGCCGCUUCAACCUGAUCUCAGAUGGCUCCAACAAGCUGUCUGUCUCCUACCGAAAAGGCAUGAUGAAGGACAUGUCCAACCUCGAGGAGCAGGAUGAGCAGCGAUUCAUCCUCGGCAAGAACCCCAGCGAGGCUCCUUCUCCGAUGCCCCCUCAUCGCACCUUCCUGAGCCCGGGUGGCGCGCAUGAGAUGACCAACACCAACUAUGGCACCAGCACAAAGACGGGCUACCAGAACAUUGGCUCGCCUGAGUCUGAGCUAUGAUCUCCCAAGCUCUCAGAUCCUCCCAGUCCUUUAAACCCUGGCUUACUCAGAGAGAGGCUGGCACAGGGGAGGUCAAGAGGGAAAGAAAAUUCACUGCUGUUUGCUGCAACAUUCAUCACACCUUAACCCGCAGAGCUGAAUCCCUCCAUCACUCCUUUUUUUUCUCUAUCGCUCAUCCUCUGUGGUUUCAUGCUACUUGUCACCUGCUGAACACCCUGUAAUGAGGGGAUCAUAGGACUGAGUACCUGCUGAUUCAACCUUUUCCACCUGCCUGCAGAGUAGAGACCAAGAGAUUGAGGAAAUAGAGGAAGAAGUGGAGCGUAGAAAGUUUAUUUUGAAGGCUCAGAUUCAGGCUUUCUUUCCUAAUAAGCUCUGGCUGAGGUUUAGGUGUCUGCAAUGCUAAAGAUUUACUCAAUACUGGACUGUACAAGUCUGCUGUUUGCUUUAAGAAGGUCAUUUUUAGACAGGUAGAUGUUUCCAAAUCCUGGAGAUCAUCAUCUUGAUCUUGUUUGGUGGUUGAGGAUUGUUUUUUUUUGGAGAGAGAAUUGAAGGAGACUCACUUUGUUGAACCAUUUCUUAUCGAAACAACACAAAGAUUUCUCCAUUAGAGUGUGAAAUGAUUCUGAUGGUGUAAAUGGUGUUAGAAGCUAGAUACAGCAUACGUUUAUUGUGCCUCUCAUGCAUCAGCAAUAAUAUCCAAUCAGUUCUGUUCAAAAGUGGAUCUCUUUCUAUUCUGACUUCUUCCCUCUCAUGUAGACUUCUGUAAAUAUGUGUUGUGCAAUAGUCUAAAGAUGUCAGUGUAAACCGUGUUUAAACACCACAGUAGUGCAAAGUGAGAGGACAGUUUUUCACCUCUUCAUUUUUCUUCUGUGAUCACCAUAAGCACAGACAUCAUCAGACAUGGUUCAAGUGUCUCUGAGCCUUAACACAGAGCUGCACUUUUCUUUUUUUCAACAUCCACUCUCACACCGUGUCGGUGCUGUUCCAGUCACAGCUAGCCCACACAAAGCUUUUCCAUUUUAAUCAAUUAAUUCAAUCAAGCCUUUCCAUUUUAAUCAAUGCCUUAGAAAGGCUGGGGUUGGGGUCCAGGAGCAGAGAUAAGCUUGUGUUUUUAUGAGCUUCACGCUUGUCUGUGUGCAUAUUAGAGCAGAGAAGGAACGGUGAGUUGUUUUUCCUUGUGUAUUAGAAGUACAUGUGUGUGUAUAUGUGUGUGUGUGUGCUGGUGUCUGCUGCUGAAGGAGAGCCCCUGAUGACCCUGGCAGUUUAAAAAUAGAGCAGCGUUACCCGGGGGAAGCCGUGGCAACAAGGCACCACAAUAGAGACAGAUCCUCAUGUGAUGUGGAGGAGGACGACGAGGAGAGCGGACACCUUGCUUUGUCUCUUUCACCUGCACAACUGUUUGUGCAGAAACACAGGGAUGAGACAUUUACCGUCCUUCAUGAAUAUAUCUCUGAUGUUGUUGUUCUUGAUCAGGUGAGACAUUCACUGCCAUGUGGAUUUAUCAUUCCCUGAGGUUUGGGUUCAGUUGUUGUACAUUCCUGAGAUGGAGCAUCGUUUCAUAAGCACUUCUUCAACUACACUUUGAUGUCUUUUUGUGGACUGAGGUGAAAAUCUAAAGCUUGAUCUAUUUUUAAUGUGUAACCUUGUAAGACUGUGUGUGUUUAAGGGCAAAAUGUGGAAGAUGUUACAUGAUCGAUGUUUGGCAUAAAUGGUAAUAGAUAGGUUUCACCACUUGGGGGCUCUGAAGGACAACAGAAGGGGCGAGAACGUGCUCUCUUGGUAUAGUUGCCCCUCCCUGACACUACACCAAUACUUGAGACUGAGCAGAUGUGGUGAAGCACAGUGAGUCACAUUGUUUUGUGCCUGAACAGCCUCUCUGUCGUCUGUUUGCCUUAUGCUUUGUCACUUUGUUCUUUGGUUAUGUAGUGGUUGAGUGUGUGCAGAGUUUGGACCAACGUCUUCUUGUCUCAUUCACCUGAGCACUUUAAUUAGUCAGAGACCCUGGAGGUGUUUUUCUUUUAAGGAUUUGGCGAAAACAUUUGUGAGGUAAUGCUGCUUCAAACGUUAUACUGGUUAGUGAUAGCUACAUAUGAAGAGAUAUAUUUGGAUCUAUACCCCUGAAUGACAUCUGGCAACUUGGCUGUCAUUGCAAAUGGUCCUUAUUAAUGCUGUUUUAUAAAACUUACAUGUAUUCUUGGAUGAGGAAUAAUAUAAUUUCUUACUAAAAUGCCAUAAAAAUCAAUGUUUUUCCCCAAAACUUUAUUUUUUUACAUAUUCUUCAAUGAACACAAUUGUAAUUCUAGGAUUAAAGUGCAAAAGUUUACAUUACAGAGUGACGGGUAGUUAAAUUGAACCACCAUAUAACCAGGACAACGUUUUUUGAUGUCUUGAGAUACCAGAAUAUAUGCUUGUCUCAUCAGAAAAGUCUGACCUGCAGACAGAUAGAUCUAACUGGACAACAUGCACAAGAUGCCGGAUGAUUGUCUGGCUGUUAGCUUGAUACAUAAAAUGGCACAGAACCUAAGGUGAGGACACAUCUGCGCUGACCAGCAGCUUUGUCUUCGAGUGAAAGCACACUUAUGGAAGCACAGGAAAGAGCACAAAGAGGUCAAUGUCACUGCUUUGAGGUAAAAGAUAAAUAGACAUGAAAAAGAAGAUUGAGUUUAGUUCCAGUCCUGCAAAUUGAAAAAUGGUCACUGAAGGAUAAGGCUGCACAUGUUAAAUGUUAGAGCACAACAAAGACUCUUUAUGAAAUCAUUUGGAAACAGAUAAAGGCACUGUUUCUCCUCCAGUUAAGGAUGCUGUAUUCGUGCUGGUGAAGAGGUGGGUCCUGAUGUGGUAACUUUUCAAUGGGACAAAAAGCCCUUGCAGAACAGCAGGUCAAAACACUUCCACUACUGCUGCACAGAGGGACAUGUUUCCUCAUAGUAAAAGCUGGAGUAAAGUAGCAUCUGCACUGUGUCCAUAUCCACUCCAGGGUCUCUUUGUCGUGUCCAUGUGUUGUUGCUGUGUUGCAUUAUAUACCACAAGGCAACUUGUGGAGGUUAACUCAGUGAAAUAACUGAGAUUAACUCAAUAAAAAUAGAGUGAAAUUGUGUUUAUUUAAUCGUGCAAAUAGUCUCUAUGUGACCAAACCCAUAGUUAUAUUUAUAGUAUUUAAGAGGAUGUAUUUAAUCUGUACAUAUUGAUGUACAUUCUGAUAAAUUCACAUUGAGUAUCUCUAGUAAGAGUGACAGGAUGUAAACUUGAGCUGUAAAUAAUAAUUGUAUAUUUUGAGAUAUUUUUUGAUUUUUGUACUGUAGGUAAAGUUUCUUUGGUGUCUGUUGGUUCCUGGUGUUAGUGUGUGGUUGUUCUGGCUGUGACUCUGUGUGAGAGUGUUUGUUUGUGCGUGUAUGUGAGUGUGAGUGUGUGUAAAGUAGAGGUAUAUGUAGGUUUUGAUGUUUAAAUGUGUGUUUUUUUUCUCCUCUCUCAGUGUUGUGAGCUGCUGAUCUAAUCUGGUAGAUUCAAUCCUGUUGUUACAGAGAACUGGGACCACUAAUGUAAGCAAUCUCCUCUCUGGGUUUCUCACUGAAACCACGAGCAGCUUCCAGCACAAAACUGGCAACACAAUCUUAAGACUGUGACUUUGACUGAAAUAAAGAGCACAACUUUCAUUUGUUGAAGACAGUGAUGGACUGAAGGAACAAGGUGGAGGAAACAGGAAAUUAAAAUAACCACUUUUAUCAAAGAGAACAUGGC